CUGAUGAAUCGGGUAAUUAGUUCGGUGAGGGUGUCCCGAAGUGGGACAGUGCUGUGAUUUGAGUCCUUGCGGUGAAAAGUGAACGGUCGAAAUGAUUGGUGUGGUCAAAUUCUGGAUUUGGCCACUGGUGGUCCUGGCUGCCCUGAAGGAAGUCUACACGGCGGACUAUUGCGACCCGAAAAUCUGCUUUGGAGGAAUGCAAAAUAUCGGAUGCAGAAACAACGGCAAACUGAGCAAGUCCUGCCCGAAGGAUGCCAAGAUCAUCGAAAUGACGGACGAGCUGAAGAAGUUGAUCCUGGACACUCAUAACAACUACCGGAGCACGUUGGCUACUGGAGGGGUUAAAUGGUUGCCCAAGGCCGCCGCUAUGCCCACUUUGACUUGGGACGAUGAUCUGGCCGCCACGGCUCAGAUGAAUGCCAACCGUUGCGAAAGAGGACACGACAAGUGCCACAACACCCAAGAAUACCUUAACUCGGGUCAGAAUUUGAACUACAUUGCGACCAGUGCUGAUACGAUCGACGUCAAGGAUCAGGUCCCGAAAUUGAUCAGCAGCUGGUGGGAUGAACGUCACGACGUCAACAAGAACAUGGUCAACACCAUGUACGAUCCGGGCAAGAGCGUGAUGGUGUUCCACUUUGCCGUUUUGGGCAGCGAUAAGGUCAACAAGGUUGGAUGCGGUAUUGCUCAGUGGACCAACGAGAACGCCUGGCUCCAGAUGUACUUGGUCUGCAACUAUUCGUUCAACGACUUUAUCGGCAUUCCCAUCUACGUCAAGGGUGCUCCGUGCUCCAAGUGUACGACGGGAUGCAACCCCAAGUAUGCCGGUUUGUGCAAUGAGGACGAACCAGUUCCACAGUUGAUUGAUUAUCCAGCUCCACAAGCUUAAGGAGGACCUGUUGAACAUCAAAAGGGUACAAUUUUUAGAAAAUCAUAAACGUUGUAAUCAAAAUUACUGACCCGAGGCACAACGCCGUGUGUUGAAUAACAAAUAAAAUAUUGGUGAUUGGGA